AUUCUCGCAGCGACCACCGACCCCUGAUGUUCGUCAAAGUCGAGACUGACAAUCGCAUGUUCGCCGAGGAAAUGGGCAGCUCCUCACCCGACGCAGACUUCCGACUGCUCGAGCUCGGCUCCAGCAGGGGCUUCUUCCACCACAGCAACCACCCUGAAAACACGGCAGACCUUUACCAGCCCCCUGAAAAUGGGUACAGCUUCGAAGACCACCACAUUCAUCCCGCGUACGAGGCGCGGUCAUGCUCGGAGGUGGUGACGCUGGGCCGGAAGCGUCGGCGCGGCUCGGACAGUUCUUUGCGUUCGAAGCAGCGACGCAAGACGCAGCAGUCGUUCGAGGAAAUGCAGUCGCAGCGCGUCAUGGCGAACGUGCGCGAGCGCCAACGCACGCAGAGUCUGAACGACGCGUUCGCGUCGCUGCGCAAAAUCAUCCCGACGCUGCCCUCGGACAAACUGUCCAAGAUCCAGACGCUCAAGCUGGCGUCGCGCUACAUCGACUUCCUGUACCAGGUGCUGCAGAACGGCCAGCACGACCAGUCCAGCUCGUCCAAGUUGGCGCCUUCCUGCUCCUACGUGGCCCACGAAAAACUCAGCUACGCCUUCAGCGUGUGGCGCAUGGAGGGCGAUUGGAACAGCGGCGGAUCCACCAGCGGACACGACGACUACUGACAAUCAACCCUUUCAAGGUUUCUGCUCCUUUGAUGCGCGCGGCCUUUCCUAACAAACAAACGUGCGGAUGGUGAGAUUUUUGAAGUCGGCGGCUUUUCUUGAAAUCCGACUGCGACUGUCUGCCCGUCAAAAUCAUUCCUCUGUGACUGGCAGUGAUUUCUGAUUUCAUAUUUAUUCUGAAGAAUUUUCAGUGCCUUACUCUUUCAACUUGUUAAAAAUGUUAUUGUAUAAAUAUAAAAUGACUAAUGUGAAAUCGCGCAGCUUUAUUUAAAUAAUAUAUUUGUACAUACAACUUCAUCUCUUUUUAACAAGAUAAGACUUGGAUUAAAAACUGUCCUUUGAUGUUGUGUAAAAAGAGAAUCGAAUGUGGCUCAAUUUUUUGUAUAAACUUGUACAGUUUGAUAAAU